GUUGGAGUUCGCGCAUGCGCCGUGCGAUACGACGCUACUCCAGUCGGUUACCUCAGCUGUCACUCUUCCUCAAACUCCUUGAGGUCGACUGACGCUUCUGGCAACAUGGCUCUUAUCACAGGACUCUGCACUUUCUUGUACCACUUACCUCAGAUUUACAAAUGGCUACUGAAACCGUAUUAUAUCGCCCAGCUCGUCAUGACAGUCGCCUUCCUGGUGGUCCGAAAAGCUCCCGGGCUGUGCGAGCACCUGGCGACCCAGCGAGAGGACGGCAACUCCUGCGACUUUGACUGGAGAGAAUUGGAAAUUCUCAUGUUUCUCAGUGCAAUAGUGAUGAUGAAGAACAGGAGAGCAAUCACACUGGAGCAGCAUGUAGGCAACUUGUUCCUGUUCAGCAAAGUGGCCAACGUCAUCCUCUUCUUCCGGCUUGACAUUCGGCUUGGCAUCCUUUACCUCUCAUUGUGUGUCGCAUUCGUCAUGACCUGUAAGCCACCUCUUUACAUGGGCCCCGAGUACAUCAAGUACUUCAGUGAUAAGACCAUAGAUGAGGAGCUUGAGAGAGACAAUCGUGUCACCUGGAUUGUCGAAUUCUACGCCAACUGGUCCUCCGACUGCCAGUCUUUCGCUCCCGUCUUUGCCAACCUUUCGCUCAAGUACAACUGUGCUGGACUCAGGUUUGGGAAAGUGGACAUCGGACGUUACGGAGAGGUUUCAGAGAGGUACAAGGUUAGUACUUCUCCUCUGGCUAAGCAGCUGCCUACACUGGUGCUUUUCCAAGGGGGGCGAGAAAUUAUGAGACGUCCAAUGGUAGACAACAAAGGGAGAGCUGUAUCUUGGACCUUCAAUGAGGAGAACAUUAUCCGAGAGUUCAACCUCAAUGAGCUCUUCCAAAAAUCCAAGAAGCUUAACAAAGGCCGCGGUUUGAAAGAAGAGAAGCAGAACGGCUCUCAGCCAGAGGAGGGCAGCGAUGAGCUCUAUGGUGAAGCUGACAACCCAGAGCAACCCAGUGAAAGCAAGAAAGACCAGUGAAAUGAGGGGGACGCUGUCUUUUUCUUCCAACAUUGUCAUGCUUCACAUCACUGCAGAGUCUAGAUUAUAAUGGAAUUAAGAGAAGAAAAUAGAUUUAACCUCUGCUAGAUGUCAUUCCUACACAAAGUCUUUACUGUGGAAAAUAAAUACCAAGACCAAAAAACAAAACAAAACAAAACCAGACCAGCUGGAUGUUCCCUGUUCUGACUGGGUAUGACAGCAUGGCAUGAAAUCAAAAGAUAAGCAAUAAUUUGGCGACAUUUUCUAACAGACCUUAAGUUAUUUGAGAACAAAUGCCUUUUUUUGUAAUAUUUAAUUUUUGGCUACUUACAGCAACACAUCAUUACUGCAUGUAAAUGUUUACUGCCUGUUUUAUGCAAUUAGUGCGUUUACUGAUGUCUCACAUUUCAAAACCAAAGACGAGAGCUGAAAUAAAAAAGAUUUAAGAUUCGUGACACUUAAGGUUUUUCAUCAGUUUGACCUUUUUAUUCUGAGAAGACAUCUUUUUAAAAAUUCUUUGUAAGGCCAUUUUGGAAAUGUCUUUAAUGUACUCGUUAAAGAUAUUUGUGAAACUCGUUCCAUUCAUCACAGCCCACAACAGCGACAGUUUAUCUCACAUAAAACUAUACUUACUAUACCCACAUGGUUUCAAAUUGUUCAUUGGCCACCAUUCAUGGCCAGAGCAGGAAGAAAAGUUAACACAGAUUCUCUUUAUCUCAAUACGACGGCUGCUUGUGCCAUUAAUGCUUCUUUUCUUGUUACCAUCCACACAUGAACCCACAUUUGGACAUUUGAUAUGAUCAAUAUUCUCACAACUAUGCACACCAGCGAAGCAUUCGGCACGACAAA